AUGCUACAGGAUACGCUUUCAAUUAUUUGUAUAUCCUUUUUUACGGCAUUUUUGGGAGAAGUGGAAAAGCAACGGGAUGUUACGGAGUCAGCUAUUGAUCGUACAGCUAAAAAGCGUUUGGAAAAACAAGAAGAACGAUUCAAAAACAUUAAUCGAGAGUUGUCUUUAGUUAAAAUGAAAUCUAUGUUCGCAGUUGGACUUAUAUUCACUUCACUAUUCAAUGUAUUUAGUAGCCUGUUUGAUGGUCGUGUUGUAGCUAAAUUACCCUUUGUCCCGUUAUCAUGGAUCCAAGGAUUAUCGCAUCGAAAUCUUCCGGGAAAUGAUUUCACAGAUGGUUCUUUCGUUUUCGUGUACAUCUUAUGCACUAUGUCAAUUCGACAGAACGUGCAGAAAAUACUUGGGUUCGCUCCUGCUCGUUCGUUCAACAAACAGUCUACCGGAUUUCCCCAAAGUUAG